UCCAUCGCUUGAGAGAGUCCAGCCCUAUCGUCUUGCUCUGCUGUUAAAAUGGCCAACAGCUUAUGUAGUAGAAAAAGGAAGUGUUUGGCUAAUAAGGAGCCCCUUGAGACCAUGGAAGAUCCUGAAAUAUUCAUGAACCAUCCAGCUCCAGCAAACAGCCGUUAUAAACCCACUUGCUAUGAGCAUGCUGCUAACUGUUAUACUCAUGCGUUCCUCAUUGUUCCAGCAAUUGUGGGUAGCACACUGCUCCAUCGUCUCUCUGAUGACGGAUGGGAAAAGAUAACUGCAUGGAUGUAUGGAGUUGGCCUUUGUGCGCUCUUCAUUGUGUCCACAGUGUUUCAUAUAAUUUCCUGGAAAAAGAGUCAUCUGAGGACCAUGGAGCACUGCUUUCAUAUGUGUGAUAGAAUGAUGAUCUAUAUCUUUAUCGCAGCAUCCUAUGCACCAUGGUUAAAUCUUCGUGAGCUUGGACCUCUGGCAUCCCAUAUGCGUUGGUUUAUCUGGCUUAUGGCUGCUGGAGGAACCAUUUAUGUAUUUCUUUACCAUGAAAGGUAUAAAAUUGUGGAGCUCUUCUUCUACUUAGCAAUGGGCUUUUCCCCUGCUCUAGUAGUAACGUCUAUGAACAAUACUGAUGGACUUCAAGAAGUUGCCUGGGGAGGCUUAAUUUAUUGCAUGGGAGUGAUCUUCUUCAAGAGUGAUGGGAUCAUUCCAUUUGCCCAUGCCAUCUGGCAUCUGUUUGUUGCCACAGCUGCUGCAGUUCAUUAUUACGCUAUCUGGAAGUAUCUUUAUCGUAGCCCUGCAGAGAUCAUCCGUCACUUAUGAUACACAAUAGAGCUGCAACCUGCUCUAUGCUUCUAACUCAGUAUUAUUUCG